GGCCGCGCCGAGCGGCAGGCCGCCUGGGCCGGGCCGAGGCGAGCAGGGCCCGUCCUUCCUUCUUCUCCCACCGGCUCUCCCCUCCCCACCCCGCUCCACUCCCAGUUUGUUUUUAUUUAACCCGCCGCCCCGGCCAAGGAGAGAAGAUGGAGGGAGGAGCAGGGGGCCCGCAGCCCCGCCGCCAGCAGAGCGGGUCUGCUUCGAGCCGCGGGGUUUUUCGCUCGCUUCCCUCGGAGAGGAGAGAGAAAACAAACAGCUUCGAAAGGGAUUUUUUUCUCUCUCUUUUUAAGGCACAAUUUGGCGACGGCACAGCCGAGACUUUUUGGCGCCACUUUUAUUUCCCUAAAUCAACAUCGCUAACAUUUCUCUGUCCCCGCACCGCUGUUUUUUUUCGAGGAGGGGGGAUUGAAAAGGACAACUCGGCGCUUUUUUUUUGUACCGACGAAAACGGGAUUAUUUUUAGGACACCCAACGAUUUUUGUAGAAUCACUUCCUUAUCGGAAAUGAAACGAAAAGCUUUCGGUCUAGGGCCGAUCCAACUCGUUAAUUCUAACUUGUUGGAAAAUGAGCGCGUUUAAUCUUUAUUUCGGCGAGUUUUGUUCGGCUUUGGAAGGGAUUUAAAGACUCGUGGAGUAAGAACGGCUGUGCUCAGGUUGUGCGUUCUGUGACUAGAAGUUUCUAGGUUGGAACUGAACGCCCUGCUGUUGUGAAGGGGGGAGACAAAUAUAAUUUAUUUUGUCACAGAAGAUGUUUAGGAGAUGAUAGCUGAACCUGAAAUACCCACAGAAUUUCAUCUCCCUCAGGAGACUGAAACACAUUUCUCCUCCGAUACUGAUUUUGAAGAUUUUGAUGGAAAACCUUACAAUCCAGUAAAGGUGAAAGACAGUUCAGGGAAAAAAACAAAGAAGGCCUCUGGAGAGAAAGUAAAGAGUGGAAAUGGUGGAAAAUCUGCAACAGGCAUGAACCGGAUGAAUGGGCAUCACCAACAGAAUGGGGGAGUGGAAAACAUGAUGCUCUUUGAAGUUGUGAAACUGGGCAAGAGUGCAAUGCAGUCUGUUGUGGAUGACUGGAUUGAAUCGUACAAGCAUGACCGGGAUAUAGCACUUCUUGAUCUCAUAAACUUUUUCAUUCAGUGUUCCGGCUGUAAAGGUGUUGUUACUGCUGAGAUGUUCCGUCACAUGCAGAAUUCUGAGAUAAUUCGUAAAAUGACAGAGGAGUUUGAUGAGGAUAGUGGUGAUUAUCCUCUCACAAUGCCUGGUCCACAGUGGAAGAAAUUCAAGUCUAGUUUCUGUGAAUUCAUUUCUGUACUUGUACGGCAGUGUCAGUACAGUAUCAUAUAUGAUGAAUACAUGAUGGAUACUGUUAUUUCUCUGCUGACUGGAUUAUCAGAUUCCCAAGUUAGAGCAUUCAGACACACCAGCACAUUGGCAGCUAUGAAGCUGAUGACAGCACUAGUAAAUGUGGCAUUAAAUCUAAGUAUCAACAUGGACAACACCCAGCGGCAAUAUGAAUCUGAAAGAAAUAAAAUUCUUGGCAAAAGAGCCAAUGACAGGUUGGAGCUCCUCUUACAGAAAAGGAAAGAGCUUCAAGAAAAUCAAGAUGAAAUUGAAAAUAUGAUGAAUGCCAUUUUUAAGGGGGUGUUUGUGCAUCGCUAUCGUGAUGCAAUAUCUGAGAUAAGAGCUGUCUGCAUUGAAGAGAUAGGAGUUUGGAUGAAAAUGUAUAGUGAUGCCUUCUUAAAUGACAGCUAUUUGAAGUAUGUGGGAUGGACCAUGCACGAUAAGCAAGGUGAAGUAAGGCUCAAAUGUUUAAUAGCUUUACAAGGUCUCUAUUACAACAGAGAGCUCAUUCCUAAACUUGAACUAUUUACAAGUCGUUUCAAGGAUAGAAUUGUUUCUAUGACUCUGGAUAAAGAAUAUGAAGUUGCUGUACAAGCAAUAAAACUACUUACUCUUGUCCUACAGGGUAGCGAUGAUGUUUUGACUUCAGAGGACUGCGAAAAUGUUUAUCACUUGGUUUACUCAGCUCAUCGACCAGUUGCUGUGGCUGCAGGAGAAUUUCUUUAUAAAAAACUUUUCAGUCAUCAAGAAUCUGAUUCUGAUGAAGUAGCAGUAAAAAGAAAAGGAAGACAAAGCCCAAAUGCAAAGCUUAUCAAGACACUGGUAUUUUUCUUUUUAGAGAGUGAGCUGCACGAGCAUGCUGCUUACCUUGUAGAUAGCAUGUGGGAUUGUGCACCAGAACUACUCAAAGAUUGGGAAUGCAUGGCUAGUCUGCUUUUAGAAGAACCACUCAAUGGAGAAGAAGUUUUGACUGACAGACAGGAAAGUGCACUUGUUGAAAUAAUGUUGUGCACAAUACGGCAGACUGUGGAAUGUCAUCCUCCAGUUGGUAGAGGUUCUGGCAGAAAGGUAUUGACUGCAAAAGAGAAAAAAGCUCAAUUGGAUGACCGCACGAGAUUUACAGAGCAGUUUUCAGCGGUCCUUCCACAGCUCUUGGCCAAGUACGCUAUUGAUGCAGAGAAAGUGACGAACCUUUUACAGUUGCCACUGUUUUUUGACUUGGAGAUCUAUACAACUGGUCGACUAGAAAAGCAUUUGGACUCUCUGCUGAAGCAACUAAAAGAUAUUGUUGAAAAGCAUGUGGACACUGAAGUCUUAGAAGCUUGUUCUAAAACAUACCAUGCCCUCUGCAAUGAUGAGUACACAAUAUUCAACAGAGUGGACAUAUCGAGGAGCCAGCUAAUUGAUGAAUUGGUUGACAAGUUCACUCGCAUGCUUGAAGAUUUCUUGCAAGAGGAUGAAGAACUUGAUGAGGAUGAUGCUUACCAGGUCUUGUCUACAUUGAAAAGGAUCACUGCAUUUCACAAUGCUCAUGAUCUUACAAGAUGGGACUUGUUUGGCAGUAACUACAAAUUGCUGAAGAUUGGUACUGAAAAUGGGGAUAUGCCAGAACAGAUUGUUGUACAUGCACUCCAGUGCACUCACUAUGUAAUCCUUUGGAACCUAGCAACUGUUUCUGAAGGCAGUUCCACAAAGGAGCAAUUAAUAACGCUACGAAAACAAAUGCGAGCAUUUUGUCAGAUCUGUCAACGGUACCUGACCAAUGUUAAUACAGCUGUUAAAGAACAGGCUUUCACUAUCUUGUGUGACAUUCUGAUGAUUUUUAGUCACCAGAUUACGACAGGUGGACGUGAAGUUCUGGAACCUCUGGUAUACACUCCAGAUUCAUGUCUGCAGUCAGAGUUGCUCAGCUUUAUCUUGGACCAUGUAUUUAUUGACCAGGAUGAAGAAGGCCAUAGUACAGAUGGACAUCAAGAUGAUGAAGCUGGUAAAAUUGAAGCUUUACAUAAAAGGAGAAACCUCCUUGCAGCUUUCUGUAAAUUAAUUGUAUAUAAUGUGGUGGACAUGAAUACAGCUGCAGAUAUUUUUAAGCAGUACAUGAAGUAUUACAAUGAUUAUGGUGAUAUCAUCAAAGAAACUAUGAGCAAGUGCAGACAAACUGACAAAAUUCAGUGUGCAAAGACCCUUAUACUUAGCCUACAGCAGUUGUUUAGUGAAUUGGAUCAGGACGUUGGACUCAAUUUUGAUCGAACAAGUCCUGGUUUUAGUGGUGUUAAGGAACUUGCUCGUCGUUUCUCACUAACAUUUGGGUUGGAUCAGCUGAAAACCAGAGAAGCUGUAGCAAUGCUGCACAAAGAUGGCAUUGACUUUGCGUUCAAGGAGCCCAAUGUAAAUGGAGAAGGUUAUCCUGCUGCGAAUUUAGCUUUCCUGGAUAUCCUUAGUGAGUUCUCUUCUAAGCUCCUCAGACAGGACAAGAGAACACUCUACCUUUACUUGGAAAAGUUUAUGAGUGACCAAAUAACGUUGCAAAGGGAAGAUGUGUGGCUUCCUCUGAUAUCUUACAGAAACUCUUUAUUGACUGGUGAUGAUGAUACAAUGUCUGUUGUCAGCGGAAUUAGCAGCAAAGGUUCCUCUGUGAGAAGCAAGAAAACAAAACCAGCGACAGGAAAACGAAAAUUACCUGAAGCAGAUGAAAGCAAUGAUGGAUCAUGGAUCAAUAGAGAACAUAGUUUGCAAUCGCCAAUUAUGACACAAACCCCGCAGUUGACAUCCACUAUUAUGAGAGAGCCAAAGAGGCUGCGGCCUGAAGAAGAAAGUUACAUGGGGGUGUACCAAAUGCCACAACAUCAUCAGCCUCCUGUGGACUACAAUAGUCAGAUGUCCUGGUUGAUUGCCCAGAGGCAACAAGAGGAAGCAAGGCAACAGGAACGAGCUGCAAUGAAUUAUGUUAAAUUAAGAUCAAACCUGCAACAUGCUAUUCGUCGUGGAACAGGAUUGAUGGAGGAUGAUGAAGAGCCAAUUGUUGAAGAUGUAAUGAUGUCAUCUGAGGGUCGUAUUGAAGAUCUCAAUGAAGGCAUGGAUUUUGACACCAUCGACAUUGAUCUGCCACCAUCCAAGAACAGACGUGAAAGAAAUGAAUUGAAACCAGAUUUCUUUGAUCCUGCCUCAAUAAUGGAUGACUCGGUCCUUGGGGUCUCAAUGUUCUGAGGAAAUGUCAUUUUUAUGAAUGAAAUAAGAGGUAGUUUUAAAAGAAAUAUUUUGGUUAUUGCAGUUAAACUAUUAAAACUGUACAGAUUUUCUCCUUUCAGGAGAAUGCUUAUUGGAGUUGUUCACUGUUCACCUAGAUUAAGUGCUUUGAAGAGGCAGUUUGUUGCCUGAUAAAUUGAUAUUUUAAGAGACUGUAAAAUUAUGGAAGCAAGUUAAAUUCCUUCCAGUAGUGCCACUGUAUUGUGUCUCUGAUUAAAUGAGCUUGGUGUAGUAUGUUUGAAAGUUUCUCUAAACUAUUAUUUGACUUGAUAAAGUUUGGGAAUAGGGAACUAAAUUUUAAAUAAAAAUAUAUAUAUGAUUGGUGCUGAUUUUAUAAUUGCGAAUCUUGUUCAGUUUUUCAUACUUUGAAAUUCCAAACAAAAGGACGAGGUUUAAAAAUUAUAAUAAAAAAUUAACAGCGUCUAAAAUAGCAUGAAUAUUCAUGCUUAAGUAAUUUUUAAAUUUGUAUUUUAUAUUUUAUUCACAUCUGUCCUUGCAAGCAAUCUUCAGGUUAAAUGAACUACAGCUGGUCAUAGUACAUUUUGUUUUAAUAAUGUAAAUUAGUUUGAAGAUACUAGUUAUCAAGAAAAUUACCCAUUUAUGUUAUUCCUUAAAUUUGGGUUCAUGUUUUUAAUUUUUAUGGUAAAAUUUCUGUCAUAAUUAUAAUAAAGUUUCUAAUAACUCAUAGAACGCUUUUCAACAUUGUUCUGCAGUACUCUGGCAGCUGGUUAUUUUAUCAACUCUAUGUUGAUGUUAACUUAUAAUAAAAACAAUGUACAUGACACUUCUUGGUGGUUGUCUUUCAUCUAUUAUGCUAUUUUCUUUAAAUCAUUCCAUGCCUUGUACUGCUUCAGUGCAUAACCCCCAAGCCCACUCUGCUGCAUAACACUUAAGUUUAUUUCAAUUGGACAAAUAUUUGGCUUUAUUUGUCAAAAUAAAAGCUUGGCAAUUACAUCAGAUUUUAUUAUUAAUUCAUUAGAAUGCCACAAAUAAAUGGUUGUCUUCUGAAGAAUAGCUUGCUUUUACACACUUUAAAAACAUUGCUCAUAUUUGGCAGCAUCGCCUUUAGUGCUCCUCACACCACUGCAUUUUAAAAAAAAAACUGCUGAGGAUUGUAUAUAUGAUUUUUAAAAAUAAAUGAAAGCAGACUUUUCUACUUUAAAAAAAGUGCAUUUCGUUGUAAAGGCAGUUCUUCAAACUGUAUGUUUUCAACCAACUGAAAUGUUUUAUAUUUACCUUAUCCUGUUGUCCUCAAUAUUUUGCUGUUCAUUGUACUGUUCUGAUUUGUAUUUAUGUCAUGAAACAGUAACUUUUUUGAAUAAAAAUUAAACCUAAAAGGUUGUGCAAUGGUAUUCAUUGUACAGUGCUGUUGCAAGUACGUAUACUUUUUAAAUGCCUAAUGGGUGUAGAAGUACAAUCUUACUAUAUUUACAACUGACCUUUUCAAGCUCAAGUAUGUCUUUGGGUGAAAAAAUGGAGUUGAGGCACAGGAUUAAAUAUGAAUAGUGGAGAAGGCUUGGGGGGCUCUGCUUUUAUGUUCUUAUUUCUUGUGCGUUCUGACAAUGAAUAAAAUUGAACAUUCAGAAUAUAAAUAUGCCUAGAUUUUGUAAGUUUUUGCUGACGAAUAUAGAUAAAUUGAAAUAUUUAAAAAGUGAUAAGGUGGCAAUUAAAUGUAAAAACAGGUUUUUCUCUACACAGAAGAGUCAAAGUUCUUUUGCAGCUACAGCAACGAAUGAAUAAUCAGAGAUUAAAAACUAUUGAACGGACUAGUGUUUCAAAAUUGAAACAUGAAUAAUAUUUAUAUAACAAUCUUAACUUUUGUAGUAAUAGUCUAAAUCCACCCUUUAAAAAGCUUUCCUGAAUUGUAUUGUUUUGCUCCUUAAAAUCUAAUUAUCUUAUAUAUGCAGAUAAAUGUGCACAGUACACAGUUUGAUCAGAAUUUAAUACAAGUUUAAACUAGCCUCUGGAAACAAACCUCAUUGCUGGAACUUUUGUUGUGGCCUUUAUUACCUUCAUUAGUACUUUUGGUGAUUUGUCUACCUGUACCCCUGGAUGCCUUUGCUAAUUUAUUGUAUUUUAUUGUCCAAAUAUUAUGUAACAAUUUCAUUCUUCCUGCAGAGAAGCACAUCCUCACAUUUGAAAUUAAAAAUAUUAAAAUCUGUUUAACAAUUACGUACAUUCUAUGUUUAUUAAUGUCUUCUAUUUUGUCACCUUCUGUAUUUUGUCACCUUUGUACAGUUACUAAUUUUGUGCUGCCUGCAAAUAAUGAAGUGGUAUUUUGAAUUCUUGAAUUCAAAUCAUUUGUGUAAGUUAGGAAAACUGGUAUCAACACCAAUCCCUUUUGAAAUGCUACUUCCCACUUCUACCAGAUUGAUAUUCAUUUUUCUAUUUGCCACCUGAUUCCAAAUGCUUGGAUUCAAAAGCCUGUUAAAAAACUGCAUAUAUUUGAUUUCUCUGUCUACACUACUACUUGGUUAUUUUUCCAAAUAAAUAAAAACUGAAGCAAACUUGUGCACUGCUUAA